GUUUCAUUUGUAGAGUAUGUCACCUAAUUAUCUUACGCUCAACUGUAUAUUCGCUUGGCUUCUGUAUUUCAACAAAACUCCACUCCGGCUAAGCAAACAUUUUACACUCUGUUGUUGAAUUUUCGGCUAGGAACUUUCCCUGACCCCUGAUGGUAGUGUGGGAACGACAUGGGAGUCAUUUUAGUGUUGCAUAGCUAGCCAGCAAACGUUAGCUGCCUUCUCUGUCUCUUCUUUAACACAACCAGCUGACUUGCCAUCACAUUUUGUUUUGCUAGAAAGGGAUUGAAAUGUCCAUCUUGACAUCGGGCCUAGAAUUAACAUAAUUACGGAUGGCAACACGUUCAGGUGAUCAGACGUCAGCAUAAAAAUACACCUAGUUUGCCAAAUGGAUGAUGAUAUAAAGGCAGAGCCUCUUGAUUUCGUGAAAGACUUUCAGGAGUACCUGACCCAGCAAACGCACCAUGUGAACAUGAUCUCGGGCUCUGUCGGUGGUGAGAUGGAGCUAGAUGACUUCCAAGCAGCAGCUGUCCCAGAGAGUGGCCAUCAGAACGGGCUGCAGGAGCAUCCGUCAGUAGAGGUCUCCCUGGAUGACAGCGCUGGACUGCUGGUGGACGGCUUUGAGAGGACCUACGACGGCAAGCUGAAGUGUAGCUACUGCAACUAUGCCAGUAAAGGCACCGCUCGCCUAAUCGAGCACAUCCGCAUCCACACAGGAGAGAAGCCCCACCGCUGCCACCUGUGCCCGUUUGCCUCUGCCUACGAGCGCCACCUGGAGGCACACAUGCGCUCCCACACGGGAGAGAAGCCCUACAAGUGUGACCUCUGCUCCUUCCGCUGCAGCGACCGCAGCAACCUGUCCCACCACCGGCGACGGCGCCACAAGCUCUUGCCCAUGAAGGGGGCCGGGCUACGCUCCUCCCUGUCCAACAAAAAGAUGCUGAGCGUCCUGCAGAAGAAGACUGUGAGCUCCCUGGGCCUGGGCGGCUUCAGCAGGCGCCUGCUCAUCAACUUCAGCCCGCCGUCCAUGGUAGUGGGGAAGCAGCGCUACCCGGACGAUCACGAGGACUUCUCCCACGAGCUGCCCCACCUGCACCCCGGGCCGUGCCAUGUGACCGGUGGCGGAGCCAGCCGGGACGGCCAUGCCAUGACAGCAGAGAAUGGUCCGCUGAACCAGCUGUCCACGCUGGCCGGCCAGUUGUCCCACCCUCCCCCGGAGGAGCAGCCCCAGACCCCCGUGUCCCCCGACAGGCUGUCCUGUCACGACGUCAAGCCCUUCCUGGUCCAGCAGGCCUCCGGGGCGCCGGUUGCGGUCUCCGCGGCUGCGUCGGCCAGUCAAAGCGGAUCACUCCACCACCACCACCACCACCACCACCCACAUCACCAGAACACCACCUCCUCCUCCCCCGACACCCCUGAGGACCCACGCCCGUCUGCUGGCCACAGCCAGAACUACAGCCCCAGCCCGGUGGACCCGGGACCCAGCAGCGAACCCACCAGCUCGGCCAGCAACAGUCAGCCCAGCACGCCGGUCCCCGCCCUGCUCGGCAGCACACCGGAUCCGGACCCACAGGUGCUGCACAGCUGCCGGCACUGUGACACCUAUUUCUCCGACAACAUCCUGUACACCAUCCACAUGGGUUGCCACGGUUACGAGAACCCGUUCCAGUGCAACAUCUGCGGCUACAAGUGCCGGAACAAGUAUGACUUUGCCUGCCACUUCGCCCGCGGACAACACAAGCAGUGAAACCUUAAACCCUGGCUUUUACGGGGCGCCAGACCAAAAGAGCACCGAGGUUCAUUUGACCGGUUGUUUUGGCGUCUCACAGAGCACAUUAACUUAUUCCGUUUAUUAUAAUCAAGGGUCAAAGUUUUUUUUUUUUUUUAUGGUAUAACGAGUGAUGUUACUUGAGCAUUUAGAGGAGAAUGGUGUGAGAAUGAUAUGCAGUCUGAGGGUUUAAAGACAUUCACGUGUCUACCUGGGCCCAAUCUGAGGGUUUAAAGACAUUCACGUGUCUACCUGGGCCCAAUCUGAGGGUUUAAAGACAUUCACGUGUCUACCUGGGCCCAAUCUGAGGGUUUAAAGACAUUCACGUGUCUACCUGGGCCCAAUCUGAGGGUUUAAAGACAUUCACGUGUCUACCUGGGCCCAAUCUGAGGGUUUAAAGACAUUCACGUGUCUACCUGGGCCCAAUCUGAGGGUUUAAAGACAUUCACGUGUCUACCUGGGCCCAAUCUGAGGGUUUAAAGACAUUCACGUGUCUACCUGGGCCCAAUCUGAGGGUUUAAAGACAUUCACGUGUCUACCUGGGCCCAAUCUGAGGGUUUAAAGACAUUCACGUGUCUACCUGGGCCCAAUCUGAGGGUUUAAAGACAUUCACGUGUCUACCUGGGCCCAAUCUGAGGGUUUAAAGACAUUCACGUGUCUACCUGGGCCCAAUCUGAGGGUUUAAAGACAUUCACGUGUCUACCUGGGCCCAAUCUGAGGGUUUAAAGACAUUCACGUGUCUACCUGGGCCCAAUCUGAGGGUAUAAAGACAUUCACGUGUCUACCUGGGCCCAAUCUGAGGGUUUAAAGACAUUCACGUGUCUACCUGGGCCCAAUCUGAGGGUUUAAAGACAUUCACGUGUCUACCUGGGCCCAAUCUGAGGGUAUAAAGACAUUCACGUGUCUUAUCUGAGAAUUCCGUCUGAGUAGCUUUGAGGAAGUAACUUCCUAUGUCAUCUUUUGUAAGUUAUUCGUUUGCUUUGGCUCGAUUUGACCUUUGCCAUGUGCGUGGACCCUGAGACAUGCUUUACAUUGUUAGCACCUAACAUCAAUUCUGUAUUGAGUGUAAGUUUGAAAGAACAGCUUGAACAGAACGAGAUCUGAGCGCAUUAUUCCUCACAUGGUGUCUUUGUAAAUCUAUUUUUUAAACAUUUUUCCAGCGUUUUUUUAAUGCUUUAGAGAUGGAGACAGUGGGUAAAGUUGGAGGAGGGUGUUUUUGCUGAAAGCAGAUGGGCCGUAUUUGAACCCAUGCUACAGCAGUACUUGCGGAGGCAGCGGGCCAGAUCCACUGGACCAACCCAGGGCAACUCUCAUGGUAACGUCAAUGUUUUGCACAUUCAUAUUGAUUCCAUGUGAUCUCUUGCACAUCAUAAGAGUUUUCCAGGUAGGCGCCGACCAAUCGUGCGGCAGGCGCCGACCAAUCGUGCGGCAGGCGCCGACCAAUCGUGCGGCAGGCGCCGACCAAUCGUGCUGCCUUUUCUGCAGUGGCUUCAUGUCCUUACUCACCUUAGUGUUGCAUUACUGACUUGACUGGUGCUCUUUAGCAAAUACCUCCUAAAUAUAUAUAUAUAUAUAUAAAUAUAUAUCAGUAGCCUAAACGCAUUUUGUCUGAGUCAAAUCAUUCAGACCUGCUUUGGAUAAAUCGGCAUGACUCCUUUUGACUGGUAAGGCCAAAGCAUUCUUAUGAAUCUUUUCAAAGUAUUUUACAGGAUGGAAUAACAUUUGUAGCACUGUUGUAAAUUAUUGUAGUUCUCACAAUCAGUAAUUUAACAGAACCCAUUUUGAGUAUUGAAAUUAUUUGCACAAAUAUUAAAUGAGUGAGAAUGUUGUUUUUCUAAUUUAAUGUCAAGGAGCUGCUGUGCUUUUUCCGAGGACAUAAUCCAUGUCAAUUUAACUGUAAAGUGGCUGUUGGUAUGUAUUUUUGUUUUGUGUUGUCGCAUUGCUCUGUGGUGUUUAGGUUGGUUCUUUAUGAAAACUUCCUAAGUCAAUGACCUAAAUGGGACUAUGGAGAAAGAGAUGUUAUAUGACAUCAUGUAAUAAAACAGCCAGACAUAAUUUUAGCCAAAUGUUAACACACUGAAAAGGCCUUCAUUUUAUUUCCCUAACAUCUGUUAUAGUAUAAUAUAUUAAUAUUAGACUGAGAUCAAUAUUUUUUAUCUUCAAAUACAGUACCAUUAUAUUGUGUAAGUAAGUACAUGAUUUUCAUCAUUUGGUUACAAUGACCUAACUUAAACGUUUUAACAACUCAAAGUUAAAACCGUUGUUCUGAUUUCAGAAUGUCUUUCACAGCUGGUGCUGGGUUUAUGUAAAGUAAUUGUAUUUGCUAUUGGUGUUUGUGAAAUCCAUUUGACACGGCGGUUUGUGAAAUCCAUUUGGCAUAAAGUUUCUUUCCGGGAAGCAAAUCAUUGGUUUUGUGACUUUAACAUAACAUGAGCAAAACAUCACCAGUGAUGUUUGGAUAUCUAGAUACUGUUAUUAAAGUACUGUAUGUUUAGACUGACUUUGCAAUGUGGUUGUUGAAUAGGAAGAGUGCGUAGGCCUGUGGUAGCUUCGCUAUGUCCACUCAGGAACAUCUGCACAGUGAAGCCACAAUUUCCUUAUAUUAAAAAGACUUGUAAUACAAUUUAUCAUUAAUCUUCACUAACUCUCUUUAAGGAACCCAAAAGCUCUGCUUUUUGUACAUUUUGAGUAAAGCACUCCAAGAG